UGUACACGUCAGCAGUCAAGGAGUUGUAGAGUGCAGAAGAUGAAACAGCCCCGUCAAUUUCCUCUCUUCCUGUUACGAGCAGUGCACACUGUCAAGUUACACCGCAGCCAGGCACAACGUGUGUGGCAGCUGGCACGGUGUUUAAAAGAACGGGAAGAGAAGUUACGGGCAGUUCUUUAAAUCACCACACGUGACGCAUAAAGAGGACUUUCCGGACAAUGUGAGCUGCCAUCGACCAAAGGUUGCUUUUCUAAUCUAUCAAAAAUGAGGUUUCGGCUGGUUAAAAAGAAUCUGCUGGUACUUUUGGGUGUUUCCUUUGUUGUUUGGACUCUUUUGGUUUCUACCCGUGUGCUGUCAGUUUCAGAGAAUGGCACAGGUGAUGUGGGAAAUCAAGCUAAUCAGGACACACGCUCAAGUGAAACAGUAAAGUUCGACUUUUCUGGGUCGCUGUCGGAACUGACACAAUCUGUCUACAAUGCCAAUUACAAGCAGCAUGUUUUAAAUGCUGAGCAGUUUCCAAGGGAGCCCCAGCUGGUGCUGGUCGUGCAGGUCCACAACAGACCAGAAUACCUCCAACUUCUCAUUAAUUCUCUGGAGAAAGCUGCAGAGGUCCAAAGCUUCCUCCUCAUCUUCAGCCAUGACUAUUUUUCAGCGGAAGUCAACGCCAUUGUGCAAGGGAUCACUUUCUGCAAGGUACUGCAAAUUUAUUUCCCGUUCAGCACUCAGCUGUAUCCCACUGAGUUCCCCGGGCAGGAUCCUAGGGACUGUCCACGGGACAUACCCAAAGACAGAGCCCUCAAAACAGGAUGUCUCAACGCAGAGCACCCGGACUCUUACGGACACUACAGAGAAGCCUCCAUCACUCAAACCAAGCAUCACUGGUGGUGGAAGUUACACUUUGUGUGGGAGCGAGUGCAGGCAAUGCAGGGCUACAAUGGAUUUGUAAUAUUUCUGGAGGAGGACAACUACAUUCUACCAGACUUUUACCAUUUCUAUAAAUCAAUGGUUGAGUUCAAGAGGAACAGCUGCCAUGAUUGUGAUUUGCUGGCUUUGGGAAACCAUAAUGACCUUACUGGCUUUCACACACUGUCUAACAAGGUAUUGACCACUGGUUGGAUGUCCACAAAACACAACAUAGGCAUGGCCAUCUCCAGAGAGGUGUACUACAAGAUGAUGGGCUGCAGCGACGACUUCUGCACGUAUGAUGAUUACAACUGGGACUGGACUCUGCAGCAUCUUUCUGGUGCCUGCAUUUCAAAGCCUAUAAAAGUGCUUGUGGCUCAGGGCUCUAGGGUUCUUCACACUGGGGACUGUGGGCUGCACCAGAAGCAGAACUGCAGGCCAGAAUGGGCCUCACAGAGGGUCGAGGAGGCACUUAAGAUAGCAAAAGAUGGCCUUUUCCCUCCUUCUCUUGUCCUUACUGCUUCUGAAGCAGCCCAACACAAGGACCAUAUGAAGAAUGGAGGUUGGGGAGACGUCCGAGACCAUGGUUUAUGCAAUAACUAUGCCAAACGUCUCUGAACUGUGCCUUUAUAUAAUGAUGUUUAAAAAUGUCCACGCUGCACAUUUACGUACACAUUCACCAGUCUUUAGUGUGUGUUAUCAUGUUUGGGAGGUGUUCCCCCAAAAAUCAUGAGCAAAUUAAUUCCAAGCAUGUUGUACAUACACUGCUUGAACUCUUUUGUACAUUGUUUAUUUGAUCUACAUCACCAAAGAUGUACUUUUGCCAAAGACUAAAUUAAUAAUUUGUGUGUACAAUGCAUUUAAUCUGAGAUUGGAGUGAACGCCGCCUCUCGCCCCAAAUCAACUGGGAUUGGCUCCAGUAACCCGUGACCCAAAUAAGGACAAGCGGUAAAGAAGCGGUGCAUUAUAUCUUUCAAGUCAUAGAAUUCCCUUGACCAUUUUGUUUCCAAUGUUUUUUUUUUUUUUCAUUUUUGACAUUUUUUACACAAGUGGGUCAAGUCUAGCGCUGCUUCAAUGAAACAUGAAGUUUUAAGUCAGUUUUUUUAAAAAAAAUACAUCUAGUUUCCAUGGUACGAUUUCAAGUGCAGUUAAACUGGCACAUUCAUGGAAAUUUUAAACGAAUGCACAUAAUUGAAGUUAAGUUACUGAAUACCCACAUACAGUAAGUAGCUCUUGUGUCAGUAGACUGUAAUCAGGGUUGUUCAUUGGACCUGAUGCCUUCCAUGUUUGCUCCCUUCUAUGAUCGUCACUGGUAUCAAACAUGACAGUUUGAUUUAUUGAUUUUUGUUCCUGGGUGUUUGCUUUUGAAACAGGUGAAAUGUGUCCUUUUGGAAUCUUGUCCUGAGGGAUCCCAAAAUGUACAUUUGUGAUACAAACAAAAGGGAGAAUGCAUUAAUGUGAAUUGUGUUUUGGCAGUUUAAAACAGAGAAUUGGUGUCAACAAAGCACUUUGUAUUAGAAGAGGAGGAGGGGAACGGAUGUUAAUGUUCAUUUCACAAAUGUUUAGUUAUUUGAAAUUAACAGUGACAUCUUGUUUUUUAUGCAGUCAGUAAACCAAGAUGAUUCACUGAUAAUAGCGCAACUAGAUGGUAAACUCAAAUUCGUAAUUCCUGGUGAAGAAUAUCGCAAACAUGCGGUAUACUGCUAUACCUCUGAGGGCCAAUAGAUUUCAUGAUUCUCAAGUUGGUUGCACGUGAUAAUGAUAAUGUGAUUUCUGUUUUCUCUUGACUUAAUUCUGAUCAUUACUUGUAAUAGCUGUUGACUUUUUUUUCAGAAUGGCGAAAACAAAAAAAAAUCCUUAUUGAUCUGUGAUAUAGUACUUCCUGCUUAUGAGGAUUUAGUGAUUACUGGUGGUUAAAAUAUAGCAUCUAGUCGAUGACAUUGUCAGUUGACUUUUUACUUUAAAAUUAUAUUUCUGUUUGAAAAAGGGACAUUUACGGAACAUUUACUUUUUAUUGCUUGUUACUGUAUACAAAUACAACCCCAAUUCCAAUGAAGUUGGGACGUUGUGUUAAACAAAUAAAAACAGAAUACAAUGAUUUGUAAAUCAUGUUCAACCUAUAUUUAAUUGAAAACACUACAAACACAAGAUAGUUAAUGUUCAAAUUGAUCAACUUUAUUGUUUUUAGCAAAUAAUCAUUAACUUAGAAUUUUAUGGCUGCAACGAGUUGCAAAAAAAGCUGGGACAGGUGGCAAAAAAGACUGAGAAAGUUGAGGAAUGCUCAUCAAACACCUGUUUGGAACAUCCCACGGGUGAACAGGCUAAUUGGGAACAGGUGGGUGCCAUGAUUGGGUAUAAUAGGAGCUUCCCUGAAUUGCUCAGUCAUUCACAAGCAAAGAUGGGGCGAGGUUCACCUCUUUGUGAACAAGUGCGUGAGAAAAUAGUUGAACAGUUUAAGGACAAUGUUCUUCAAUGCACGGAAUUUAGGGAUUUCAUCAUUUACGAUCCAUAAUGUCAUCAAAAGGUUCAGAGAAUCUGGAGAAAUCACUGCAUGUAAGCGGCAAGGCCGAAAACCAACAUCGAAUGCCCGUGACCUUCGAUCCCUCAGGCGGUACUGCAUCAAAAACCGACAUCAAUGUGUAAAGGAUAUCACUACAUGGACUUAGGAACACUUCAGAAAACCAGUGUCAGUAAAUACAGUUCGGAUGCUACAUCCGUAAGUGCAACUUGAAACUCUACUAUGCAAAGCAAAAGCCAUUUAUCAACAACACCCAGAAACGCCGUCGGUUUCUCUGGGCCCGAGCUCAUCUAAGAUGCUGAUGCAAAGUGGAAAAGUGUUCUGUGGUCCGACGAGUCCACAUUUCAAAUUGGUUUUGGAAAUUGUGGACGUCGUGUCCUCCGGGCCAAAGAGGAAAAGAUUCAAUUUACAUGCACGCCACAUACAUGGUUCUUCAUGUGAGAAGUGCAAUUCAGUGGUUUGGUGUUAAAGCGUUGACUCCACGGGGGAAAAUACAAUCCGUGCUUUCUUUAUGCAGAUCUUGUGUGUGCCUCACAGUUUAAGCUCUCUUUUUUACACUCGAGGCCACAGAUGUCAAACUCAAGCCUCAGGGGCCACAUGUGGCCUCAAAAGCAAAUAAUAUGCGUCUAAUUCAAAUGUUUUGCUAAAUGGUGUUCCACAAUUGCAAAUUGUCUUCAUUUUUAAUAUUGCUGUGAGAUUCCAUGCAUUUAAUUUUGUUUUGUUACCAAACCACUUUUGGAAAUAAACUGAACAAUAGUU